UGUGCUAUGUGGCUCACUGGCAUUAUCACAAUCUCCACGACUCCACUGGCUCAUGGUGAUCUGAACUUUCAACUCCGCAGCAAGAAUCCAUGGCUAAAACGUUUAUUUCAUCGCACUCGUUUCUUGGUACACCUUUUCCGUCCUCCCCCCACCAUGGAAGCUUUCCGCAGAGUCGACUCCUCUCCACCCGAGUGAAACUCAGCUUCCAUGAGCUCCCGCCUAUUCAAGCCCUCCACUCUUCUGUCGAUUUCGGAGCAAUUUUUACUCGAGCAGAGAACUUUCUGUAUACAAUUGCUGAUGCCGCCGUUGCUACUGACGCUGCUAUAGGCGGCUCUGCUUCAGAUGCUUCAACUGCAGUUACUCAGAAAAAUAACGGUUGGUUCGGAUUCGUUUCCGACUCCAUGGAGUUUGUGUUAAAGGUACUAAAGAACGGACUUGAAGCUGUACAUGUUCCAUAUUCUUAUGGAUUCGCCAUUAUAUUGCUUACGGUUAUUGUAAAAGCUGCUACACUUCCAUUGACAAAGCAACAGGUUGAAUCAACUCUGGAAAUGCAAAAUCUCCAACCAAAAAUCAAAGCAAUUCAACAAAGAUAUGCUGGGAACAAGGAAAGAGUACAACUUGAGACAGCACGCUUGUAUCGUCAGGCAGGUGUUAAUCCUUUGGCAGGAUGCUUACCAACAUUGGCUACAAUACCAGUAUGGAUAGGAUUGUAUCAAGCUUUAUCAAAUGUGGCAAACGAGGGACUGCUUACGGAAGGUUUCUUGUGGAUUCCUUCAUUGGGAGGCCCAACCACUAUAGCUGCUCGACAGAGUGGAGCUGCAAUUUCUUGGCUCUUCCCAUUUGUGGAUGGGCAUCCACCUCUAGGCUGGCAAGACACUGCAGCUUACCUUGUAUUACCUAUUCUCUUGGUGGUCUCUCAGUAUGUAUCAAUGGAAGUAAUGAAGCCUCCCCAAACAGAUGAUCCCACUCAAAAGAACACGCUUCUUAUCUUCAAGUUUCUUCCUCUCAUGAUUGGUUACUUUUCUCUGUCUGUCCCAUCUGGUUUAACAAUUUAUUGGUUCACAAAUAAUGUGUUGAGCACUGCACAACAAGUGUGGUUACGCAAAUUAGGUGGUGCGAAGCCUGUUGUUACUGAAAAUACAAGUGGCAUAAUAAGUGCUGGAAGAGCAAAAAGAAUGGGUUAUCAACCAGUGCAGACUGGGGAUAGAUAUAGGCAGCUGGAGGAAGAAGAGAAGAAAAGGUCGAACAGGGGACUAACUACAGAGCAGGGACAAAUAUCAGCUUUGGCCUCAGAUUCAGAGAAUGAAUCGAUGGAAACCGAUUCGGAGAAAAUGGAGGUUCUUGAAGAGGCAUACACUUCUUCUGGAAACGGCAAAAAAAAUCCAGACUACGCUGGGGUGCCAAGAAGGAGUAAACGAUCUAAGCGGAAGCGUGCCGUAUGAAAGUGAUAGCCAUUUUGAAGUCAGUUUAAUUGUAUACUUGGAAAAUGGUUGUAAUUUAGAUUAUUAGCUAUAGAUGCCAUUUCCACAUCAACCAUUAGUUUGUGGUACAUAUAACUACCACUCACCGCAUUUGUUUGUAGGACAUUGCUUAUUCCACCUAUUUAAGUGUUUUUCUACUCCAAGGGAAGUUUUUAAAACAUUCUAUUAUAGUCUCUCUUCAAACUUGUUUUAUUCCUCACUGGGUGUUGUUGAUUCAGAGGUACAAAAUCAUGUACUUCAAAUAUGUGUUUAUAAUGUCUGAAGUAGGAUAUUGUAUCCAGGCUUGCUUAGAGAAAUACUUUUUUGUAACAAAUAUUUGUAUAGUUGUCUCAAUUAUGUAAUUUUCUACUUAUUGCUUGGGUUCU